UGUUUAUUUUGAGGAAGAUGGAUGUUGUUUCCCAUUUCACACCAUAGGUUUUACAAAUAAAGUUACUCUAUUUCUGUUGGAGAAAUGGGCCAUUACUACUUCUGUGCAUGUUUCAUCUGUUGCUUGUCUGAAGAGGAGAGGAACUCCAUCAACAUAAAUAAUGAAAUCAAACGGAUCCUUGCGGAGCAGAAGAAAAGACAACGGAGAGAAAUCAAGGUGCUUCUAUUAGGCACAGGAGAAAGUGGAAAGACAACGUUUAUGAAGCAGAUGAAAAUCAUUCAUGGAAUCGGAUUCUCAGAAGACGAGAGACGUAGCUACACUAAACUGGUUUUUCAGAAUAUCUUUCGAUCUAUGUGUGCAAUGACAGAUGCCAUGAAGACGCUAAAGAUCCCAUACUCCAACCCACAGAACGAGAUUUAUGCCCAGUGGUUCCAGGAUCUGGAUAUACAUCAAAUAACACAGCUGCAGAGAAGUUAUGUAGAGGUUAUUCAUCAUCUAUGGGCAGACAAUGGCUUAAGGAUUUGUUACAGUCGGCGCAGAGAGUAUCAACUUCUAGACUCAACUAAAUACUUUAUUGAUAACUUGGACCGCAUUGCAGCUCAAGGCUACAUCCCUUCACCUCAAGAUGUUCUUCAAGUCCGAUUCCCCACUACUGGCAUCACAGACCAUUGCUUUACUUUGGAGAAGAUAACGCUCAGGAUUGUAGAUGUUGGAGGUCAGCGAGGACAAAGAAGGAAGUGGAUUCAUUGCUUUGAAAAUGUGAUGUCACUCAUAUUUCUAGCAUCCCUCAGCGAGUACGACCAACUUCUGGAGGAGAAUAACAAGGAUAACCGUAUGGAAGAGAGUUUGUCUCUGUUCUAUACAACCAUCCACUCAACAUGGUUUGUUAAUUCCACCGUCAUUCUCUUCCUAAACAAAAAGGACAUCCUGGCCGAGAAGAUUCAGUUCUCUCACCUAAAAACAUACUUUCCUGAAUUUAACGGAAAACGUCGGGACAUUCAAGAUGCCUUGAAGUUCAUCAACAAUUUAUAUAAACAAAAAGCAGUCUCCUAUGAAACAAAAAACUCCAAAAAAAUCUACUGUCACUUCACCUGCGCCACAGACACCAAAAACAUCCAGACAGUCUUCACUGACGUGAAAGACACCGUCCUCAUCCAGGCCUUAGAAGACUUUGGAAUGUUCUAAUGAGCCCAGACGCACCUACAUGGCACUCGGCAUGAGACUGUAUUGAUCCCAAUGCCAAUCCAUGUACAUUCAGAAACACUAAUAUUUUAUGGAGACACGUUUGCAUACUCUUCAGCCAAACUAAAUUAUUUAUAACUGACCAUCCAAAAUGUAAUUAUGGGUUAGUUUUCAUGUUCAUAAUAACUAACCUAUAUUUAUAUGUGAAAAAUGUACAUUUUACAUUUUAAAUUUACAAAUUUACACCCAUUAAAAAUCACAGUG